GUCACAUGAUCUCCAACAGUUCAAAAAGGGUCGUCGCAAUCUGCAUCUAGAAUUCUAUUAUGGUGUUAUUAAAUUAUUACUACUAUUUACAGUUCAAGAACAUGGAGUGUCCCGACCAUCGUCUUCUCCUAUUCAAUAAAACCUUAUUAUUAUCUUUAAACAUUUAACAAUGAGAAGUGAUUUUUUUUUAAAACCAUAGGUGUGUGAUAAGCUUGAAUACCAGAUGUGAAGCUUCAAUUCCACCAUUGAAAUUCAACUGUAACCUUUCUUCUAUUCUCUAAACAACAAAGAAGACUACCCUUCACUCCAUUUAAUUACUAUUAGUCUAUGCACAAUGAGUGACAGAAAAAGGCUUGGCUACAUCAAGUGCUUGGCAGGCACUGUACUGAGGAUCGAGGUAGCAACUAUAGAAGAAGUUUACCUUCAAUACUGGGAAGAAGAGAUAUAAAGGGAGUAGGAUUAGAUAUGGUUGAGGGAGAAGAGGUUUGUGAUAGAGAGAAGAGCAAUGGAAGUGAUUCCCAAAGCCAGAACACAUCUCAAUUGUCUUCUCAAAAGCGGCCAUCACCCUUUGACUUAAAUGAAGAAGCUAUCAGUGAAAAGGACAGUUCUAAUGCUGAUGUUGUUGCCACUGCUACGGAGGAGGAUGAAGCAGCCACUGGAGGGGAUUCACUGAAGAACACAAUCUCUGAAGAAGGGAGUGAGAAGACAGCUACAGUUAGGCAAUACGUCCGGUCAAAAAUGCCAAGGCUCCGUUGGACUCCUGAUCUCCAUCUUGCUUUUGUUCAUGCUGUGGAAAAGCUUGGUGGGCAAGAGAGAGCAACUCCAAAGUUAGUUCUUCAGUUGAUGAAUGUGAGAGGACUAAGCAUUGCACAUGUUAAAAGCCACUUGCAGAUGUAUAGAAGUAAGAAGCUGGAUGAGUCGGGCCAAGCUUUAUCUCACACAAAUAGGGCAAUUCAAGGACUAGGUCACCUUCCUGAAAUGUUCUACCAAAGGACAGUUCCUCACCAACACUACACCAUGGACAGUCAUAGCCUUUUUCUAUGCAAGAACGGAGAAAACCCUAAUCCCGUCCACAGUUUAUUCAAGUCUUCCCUCUCUCAACAGCCCUUUGAUUUUACAGUCAGCUCAUCCAGACACCAAGAAUGGGCUUUCAACCAGAAUUCUGCUCAAAGGCCAAUGUUUCUAUCAAUGAAGGAUCAAGGACUAUUCAGGACUUCUAAUCAUGAUAUAAUCUUCAGAAACGAUGAAAAGCCAUCAACCUCACACCUGUUUGAUGUUAGGAAUGCAAUUACAGCCACUGCUGGGCCUAUUCGGCGUAGCCAUUUUCUUGAGGAGAAGAGGUGGCCACCCCGAGAAUUGAUUGGCAAUCAAGCAAAGGAUAGGAUGAGAAACCCUGCAAGCAUAGCUUGGGCUGGUACUAGCUCCCAACCUCUAAUCAAUCAGAUUCAUGGUCCUCCACCGCCGCAGCUGCAGCAGCCGCCGCGGCCAAUGUGUGUUGAUGAGAUCCACACAAUGCAACCAAAAUAUGAGCCCCCAUUUAGGCUUGAGAUGCAGUUGCAAAGGUCACUACGAAAUCAGCCAAAGCCCAUAAUGCCAAAGGCAGAAGAUAUUGCAAAUAUAGAGAAGAACAAGACAGAAGAGAAAGAAUGUUUGCCCAAUUUGCAGCUGAGUUUGAGCCAGAGCUUCAAAGAAGAUGACAAGAAGGGAGGACAUGACAGCCCAAGAGAAGUUAACAUCAAUCUUUCUCUAUCUUUAACCCCUUCUUCAUAAAGAGGACAAGCAGUACAGCCUAGUGAAAAAUUAAGGGAUAGUGACCAAAUCAAGAACUGGUCUUUACAAACAAAUUGUAGCAAGGCCAUAAUGAGGCUGAGUACUUAGGAUCUGACCAUGCUGAGUUGAGCAUUUGAGUGAGAUCUUCUAAGUACUUGUGUCUUAAGAGCCCAUAAGAAACAAUAUUGUUAUUUUGCUUACAUUAAUAAUGUAUGCCCUACCAACUUAAUUUUUUUUCCCCCAGGGUCAAUCCAUGUUAGUGCAUAGUUG